AUGCGUUUCAUCAUUCAGAAGAAGCCCCUUUCAACCAACCGGGUGAUCAAAGAGCUGGAAGUAGCAUUAAUCACCAACUUCUUCUUGGUUUUGCAGCCCAAACCCCAGCCUGGAGACUUGAUUGAGAUAUUUCGCCGUUUCUACAGACACUGGGCUGUCUACGUUGGCGAUGGAUAUGUGGUCCACGUGGCACCCCCAAGCAACAUCCCAGGAGCUCUUGUGGCCAGUAUCAUGUCUUCAGCUGUUGACAAGGCCUUCGUGAAGAAGCAGCGGCUGCGUGACGUGGUUGGGAGAGAUAAGUACGAGGUCAACAACAAGCACGAUGACAAACACAAGCCAUUCAAGCCCAGCGAAAUUGUCCAGCAGGCGGAGAAGCUGGUGGACAAGGAGUUCUCCUACAAUCUGUUCAGCAAUAACUGCGAGCAUUUCGCCAAUGAGCUGCGCUACGGGGUCCGCCGCAGCGACCAGACACUGCCCUGUCUACGUUUUCGACGACAGAUGCGUGAUCCACAUGGCACCCUCAAGAAACGGUCCAGCCACCAGAGGAGCUGGUGGAGGAGCUGGUGGACCAGGAGUUCUGCCGCAGUUUGAUCAGCAAUUACCACAAGCAUUUCGCCAAUGAGCUGCGCUACGGGGUCCGCCGCAGCGACCAGGUCAGAGAUGCUGUCACAGCAAUUAUCAUCAUGGAAGUGCUCCUGGCACUGGAAGUGCUCCUAUUGACUAGAGUCAUGUUCUCAAGAAACAAGAAGCAAAAUCAAUGGCCUGAAGGGAGUGUCUUGUCAGCAGUGA